GUCAGUCUGAGUUACGUCGACGGCACCGAAUCAGUCUGACUACUUUUAUACAACUCUUCCACGAACCAUGAGCACCAAACUUCAGAAUCCCGCAAUUGAAACAGUGAAGAAUGUCCUAACCGAAAGGAGGACUUUCAGUCAUGGCCAACUCGAGGUGUCCUCCGACAAGCUCCUACUCUUCUAUUCCAAGCAACAAGAGGGAAAGGAAGGGGUAGCACACCUCUUGAAUCCUGCUGACGCCUCUGAGGAAUCCCUUCGCGACCUUUGUGACGCCGCUGAUGCUGCAGGAUUCGGUCUGGGUAAUCAGAAUACAUUUGAUGAAACGUACCGCAAGUCCAAGAAGCUCGACAUCACCCAAUUCUCUUGCAACUUUGACCCUCGAGCGACCAAAAUCUUCGACCAAGUACAGGCUGAUCUCAUUGAAGGCCAGGACGAAAUCCAGAAGGUCCUGCGCCCUGAACUGUAUAAGCUAAACGUCUAUGGCGAAGGAGACUUCUUCAAGGCCCAUAAAGACACUCCUCGUGCUGAAAACAUGAUGGGAUCUCUAGUCGUCAUUUUUCCUACGGUCCACAAAGGUGGAUCCCUCGUUCUCCGCCAAGAUGGCCAGGAAUGGACUUUUAGUGCUGAGAAGAUGCUUGCGGACAGUACGCCCGAGGCUCCGGUGAUCUCAUAUGUCGCGUUCUACAGCGACACAGAGCACGAGGUUCUCCCCGUAACCUCGGGUGUUCGGGUAACUUUAACGUACAAUUUAUAUCUUGAAGACAAGAAGCCGACUGCCCCUACCCUCGUUGUCGAAGCCUCUAGCAAUCCUACACCAGUUGAUGUUCUGAAGCCGGCGCUGCAAACCCUUCUAGCAGACAAGAAUUUUCUUUCCGAGGGAGGCUUGCUGGGGUUCGGACUGCGGCAUCAGUACCCCUUCGCGGUCUCUAAAUAUCGCAGUGGAACGAGCUCGUUCAAAAUCGACGGCAACUCUGACGACGAUUUCAACGAUUAUAUUCGCGACGGCGAAUUCAUAGCACAAGGACGCGAAAAGUUAUCGCAGUUGGCGGAUAAUCUUAAAGGCAGUGAUGCCAGUAUUCUACGAGCCUGUCACGAGCUUGGCUUGGACGCCAACAUUCGUAUCCUUUACCGACCUCGAGGCUGGGAUGUCGUCUACAUGACCGACCAUAUUAUACCUGACCAGGAAGAUGGAUAUUAUGAGGACGACGAACUGGAGGAGAUGUUGCUGAAAGAAAGCGGGACACUUGUGUCGGCAUCCGACGAGUAUGUGAAGAAUCAACUCAAGUAUAGUGGAAAAACCGUGAAGCUGCCAGAGGUUGUUUGGGUUACUCCGAUUACGACAUUCAAUCGGACGGAAGCGAGCUACAUGGUAUACGGGAACGAGGCAUCUGUCGGUUAUCUAUACGGCGAUGUUUGUCUCAUUGUCAAAGUUGGACAGCCCGGAAGUCGGAUGGAUUGACAAAGCUUAAGUAGGAUGUAGUUACUUUAUAUGUGCAUCAGAAGAGGAAGACUCACGGCUCUGCCUCGUAUACAAA